UCCCACCAACCUCCCUCCCUGACGCGGUGCGGGAGCUGCCCUAUCGAGGCUGAGCCUGAGCGCCCAGCUCCGCCCGCUGCCCAGGAAGCUGUGGACUGAUGUUAAUGUACUCGGCACGAUUCAAGAGAGACACAGAAUUAUCAGCAGCUGCUCGCUCAGCAUAACAAGCCGUGGAAUGAACUUGUCUGAGACUUGAGGAGGGCAGUGUGGCGAUAUCCCGUUACUCUUCUUCAAAGUGGAUUUUAAGCCUGAGCGAACAUUGCAAGAUGCUGCUGGUCUCUCAGCGAGUUGAAGCCCCUCGCAUGGAGCAGCACAUCUCGCUCCAAGGAUCAAUAAAGAGAAAGUUGGAAAGCAAUGGCUCACCCACCAAUCACGACAAAAUCAAUGAGCUAUCCGACGGUGCAUUCUCGAGCGAGGUUAAAAGGAUCUGUCUUGAUGAUGUCAGUCUUCCGAUGGGUCAGGGCGACACCUCCAGUGUCCUUCGCCCAGAUGUGCAAACCUCCUCACUGACAAUUGGGCAUCGCAGCCAGGCCCUGCAGACUCCAUCUUCCAUGGGGCCCUCUUUGGGAUGUGUUGCGCCAGGCGCCAAUGCAGGCCUCAUGGGUAGUAACCAAGCAAAUGGGAAUGACAUUAGCUCACAAUUUGCUGUGACAUCCAAUGCUGAGAUGAAACCCACUGUGGGGGACGGACACAACAUAUUCUCGUUUGACUCCAAAGGAGUCAACAAUAUGCAAACAAUGGAUCAGGACUUGGAGGAUCUGUUGGAGGAAUUGACAAAUAUGCCGAACCCUCCCCUAAAUGAACUUGACAUUUUGACCAACAGAAGUGACCCCCUGAACCUGGGUCUUGUACAAACGAAUCAGAGCAGCACUCGGAAGCCAUCUCCUCAAGCAGCUUCACAUUUGGAGAAUGCCAUACCAAACCGAGAAUUUUCUCCCAGUUACAAUCAGGCACCAGGGGGGUCUCCUCAGCGGAGGCCCCCCUCUACAGGUACAUCGUAUCCAUUACCAGCUCCACCCAAUCCCAUGCCAUUGCCCAUGUCUUCAGCAUCUCAAAACCAAGCCCCAAACCAGGCCCAGCCACCUUUAUUGUCAGGCACCAGUGCCAGCCGAGUUGGGACCAACUGGCACGAAUUGUCGCAUGCACAGCAGUUAAAGAAGAUAGCAGCCAGCCAGCAUCAGCGUUCAGUUUCCCAACAGUCCCACCCACAGCAAGGCCAGGCAGCAAACUGGCCCCCGGUUCCUUCCUCUGGACCUUCCCCGCCCUACCGACCGGACAAACUUCCCAGUCCCUCCCUGCAUCAGCAGCCGUUCAGCCCUCCGAAUGCGAUGCUGGCCAACAUUCCUCCCUCGAGCAACGCCAUUCAGAGUUACCUCUACAAUAAAGCACCAUCCAGCCAGCCUAACCGUAUCCCCAUGAUGGUGCAGCAGCAAGCGAGUUUGAGCCAGGGUCCCGUGAGUGAGAACUCCAUGCCUUCGGAGCAGCUUUCAUUUAGCAACACAAAGCCGCUGUCACAUUUUGACCCUGACCUGUCCGCUCAGAAAAUGCCACAAGUGGCUGGUGGUCAGACUCAGCCCUCGGUGGUGCAUUACAUGCAGCAACCAACCUCAGCAGUGCAGCAACCUCCACAACCUGGGCCCACUCAGCAGCCAAACCCCCUACAGCUGCAAUUUCGAAACAAACUACGGAUGCACCCAAUGAGACUGCAGGGCAGCCUUCAACAGUCACCGGAUCAUAAUCCUGGUAACAAUUACAUAAAAGCCACGUCACAUGCCUUCCUCAAGCAGCAACUUCUGAAGAAACAGCAACAUAAUUUUCUCCAACAGCAGCUCAUGGCUGACCAGGAGAAGCAAAGGCAACAUGAUCAAAUGAACGGCCACAUGAUCAGAGUGUCCCCUGACUAUAAGGAGCAGAGGAACACGUUUGGAGUUCAGCAGUUAAGUCAGUUCCAAGCUGUGGCACAAUCUUUGCCCACAAACUCUGGUCAGCCUUUGCCAACACCACCAUCCGCCCAUUGUGGUAUGCGGCUGAACACUGGCCUUCUGCAAGUGACGUCUCAGAAUAACCUUGGACCUGGGAUUCCUGCGGUAACAGCCAGUCAGGGUGACCGGACUAUGGGAAUGUACCCGACUAAUCCCAGCAAUCAGCAGAACAUCUACAUACCAUCAUCUGGCAUCAAUAUGCCUCUCCGACCAAGUCAAAGUGCUUUGGGAAUGAGAUCAACCAGCCAGGCAGUGCCAAGCCAGGCUAUAAUCCGCCAAAGGACAGCAAUAUCAGGGUUCACUGGCUCUGUACCAAACCCUGCUGUACCUCCCCAGCACAUUAGACAAUCCAUAAACCAGACAGGAACCAAUAUCCCUGUCCAAGGAAUCUCAAAUGCAUUAGCCACUUCAGGCAUGGCUUCUCAAAUGUGGCCACAGCAAAGGAUUCCAGCAAUGCAAAAUCAGACCAAAAUAGAUGGCAGCAUGCAGCAGUUCUCAAAUAACCCAUUGUUCUCCAAGCAGACCAUGAGGCCAAACUUGUCUGUGCAGCCAUUUCCUCAUCAAACCAUAGCACCACCAAACCAGAUAGCACCGGGAGGACAAAUGAGGCCACUGCAACAACUGAACCCAGGUCAGACUGGACAAAGCUUGGUCUCCAUGAGUGGUCCAUCACCACGGCACAAUCAACCAAGGCUACCCUCGGCAGCUAUGGCUAGCAUGAAACCUGUGCCACAAGGGAUUGCCAAUUUGAGCCAGACUCACCCUGUGCCAGGUCUAGCUCCUACCAGCUACACUUCCACUGGACAGUCAUCCGGAUCCUUCAGCCGUAUGAACCCCACCACCGAGGUUUCUUCUUUUGACUUUCUUCAACACAAUAACAGCAAUACCUUGGGGGGAGCUCGCAAUGAGUCUGACUUCAUAGAAUCCAUUAUGAAGAGCAGUAGCAGCAAUGAUGACUGGAUAAAUGACUUGACUCUUGAUGACUUUCUGGGGCAGCAUUCUUAAAGCCUGGCUGCUGGGUAUGAUUUAUCUGACCACCGGGCUGUUGUACAUAGAGGGCGCCCAUCUACACAUUGUGGCAUUGGACUAAAGACUAUUGAGCAUAUGUGUAGGUGUGGACACUGUAACUUUCCAUAUACUAGCAGGUAUAAGUCACUGGAUGUACCUAGUGUACUGCCUGCAACACUGAGUUUUAAAGUGGCAAUACAUAAAUUAAUGUAUUUGUUCAAAAUAAUCUGUAAAUUAUGUUUUCCUAAUAAAUAUUGUACGUCAGGAAGGAGUAAUUAUACUUUGUUGGAUCAUUUGUCAAUAAAAUGCAGUAUAGGCAAAAUCAUUGUUUUUAUAUUAGCAAAUUUGUUUAUUUUUAUUUGGUAUAAAAUAUGCAGACUACAUUGUUCAAUCAGUAAUACUAUGUAUUACAAUGUUAAAAUACAGGUUGUGUUUUUGACAUGACAUAGGCAGUGCAGUCUUGUGUUGUACAGGUGAUUUAUUCCGGGUUUCAUAGAUCUUCAUUCACCAUCAAUCCCAUUUUGAUUUAAAUAUGUUACCACAGUGAGCAUUGAACUGAUGGAAUAGCUGUCAAUAUGAGAUUGCUUUCUUUGUAAUCCGUCAACUCGUGUUGACACUCUGUACAUUUUAGAUGUGCAUUCUACCAAGAUAUUAUGAACUUCAUAAUGUUUGUUGCUGAAACCUUUGUGAUCUUAUGUUUUAUUAGUUACAUGUAUUUUUUUUUCCCUGCCAUGAAUGUGUUUUCUUUUAUUUUUAAUUUAAUACCAUCUUGGAGCACAAAUAGUAUGACAAGUUUUUGCUUCAUAUCAUAAUAAACUUGCCUUGUGCCAAGA